AUGAGCAGCUUAGGAGAUAAGAUUAAGUCGGUUUUGGGGGGUGGACAUUCGACAGAUGCCGAGAAAGACGUCGAACACCGCACACCGGGAGCCUACCCCGAAGAGUCUGAUGUUCACGGAGGUGUGGACCAACCUCGUGUUGGCACCAAGCCUAUACCAUCCUCUGGUGAACGAGACCUCGGAGGCACUUUGCAAGAUCCUGGUCUCAUUACCGGCCCCUCAGAACAUAACACAGAGAGCUCUACUAAUAACAAACUUCACAAAAAGGAUGAUCCUCGUGGUAACGCAAGCUAUCCCGCACACGACACGAGCUCCUCGGGACUUGGGCACAGCCAUAAUGAGCCUAGCUCUGGCCUGAAGCAGGUUGAGCACAGCUCUACUAACCCUUACUCUUCAACACAUCCUUCAUCGCACCAUGACAACACUCUACCAUUAAGAGACCUGGGCGGAGAUCGAUCUGGGCAGAGAACACAGGGUUUGACAGGUUCAUCCACGGGCACAACUGGCACAUCAUCUGGUUUGACCGGUGCGCACACCGGAACAACGGGUUCAUCCGGUCUGACUGGUACUGGAAACACACAAUCUGGCAGCCAUAGUGGGACAGGCGCGGGCCCAGCUGCUGGCGCUAGGGUUGCUACGGCGGGAGCGCUUGCGGGCCAUGGCGGCGAUCACAACAAGGUUGGAAAUGGGGGAGUCAAAUCUGAAAUUACAUCAGAAGAGCCCUACUGGGGUGAUCUUCCUCAGGGCGCCGGAGUCUAUAACGGCGUGACUGGUCAUGGCAGCGGUGAAAAUACAUCUGGACAGCACCGCGCCGUUCCCCGAACUGGUGAUGCAUCAGAGGCAUCCAGAAUCGGAAAAUCUGGCGAGAGUCGCGCACCACAGAGUAUUGGUGUCCACAAUGCAUUUGCCGGCUACGGCAGCAACCGCGACGAUCACACGAACAUCGGGUCUGGAAAUCAGCGGGAGUUCCCAUUGAACUCUGGCUCAGUCCAUGGGGGUGCUACGGGUACGGCUGUCAGUUCAGGUACCAUCGGACAGCGUGAAGGCGAUAUUGGUCCUCACAAUGGUGUCGCUAACGCUAUUGAUCCGCGCGUGGACUCAGACCAUGAUGGUAGUCGUUCAACUGGUGGGACAUCAGGUAUUUCGGGUACUGGACUCACGUCAGGUACUUCAGGCCGCCGCGAUGGUGACAACUCUCAUAGAGAUCGCCACCUCGGCGAGGCUGGUGCUCUAGGCGCUGGAGCAGCAGCCUAUGGCGCUCAUGAACACCACGAACAGUCUAUCGGUGCCGACUACGAUGCACAACGAGCCGUCCCUCAUGGUGCGUCGACUACACACCAACCAAAAUCUGGCUUGGAUUCUACAUCCAACCAGCCUCACAACACGUCGACCGGAGGAGGUCUCUUACACCGUCACAAGGACCAGACUAAGCCUGCAACUCAGGCUCAAACUCCCAGCCGCCACCACGAGCAUAGUGGAGUUCUGGGGCUGUUGCACCGCAACAAGGAGCCCAAGGAUGUCGAUGAGCAAGUCCACGAUAAGUCUAACUUCACCACCCACCAUGGCGAGACUCCGAUUUCCACCUUGACCGGAGCACCUGGCGCAACUCAAACCGCUUCCCAUACUACUUCGUCAGGUCUAGGUAAAGAGUCUGGCUCAGGGUAUGAUGCCACCCGCUCUGGUCCCGACGACUCUCACACAGGCCGCAACCUCGCCGGACUUGGCGCCGCUGCUGGUGCAGGAUACGGUGCAUCUCAGUUGGGCCAUCACCACAACGAGCCGCAAGCCAGCGGACACUAUGGGUCUACUACAUCCUCGGGACAAACUCCUGUCUCGCAGCACUCCGCAGUCCCUGGCUCUCACGCUACGACUGUGGCUGGUCAACCCCAUCCAUUGAGCGGAGAUAGCUCUACUCACACUAGUCGAGAUAUUGCCGGCGCUAGUGCUGCUGCAGGUGCUGGAUACGGUGCAUCCCAACUUGGUAACCACCACAACGAGCCUUCCGUUGGACAGCACGGUUCAUCUCUUCCUCAGGGUGGUCAGGCUGGAACAUCUCAUGGCUUGGCUGGUACAACCUCUCACGCUUCAGAGGCAGCUAGCACAUACAGCCAGGAAAGUGCGUACAGCCAAGACCAUCCAUCGCACACUGGCCGAAACCUUGCUGGUGCGGGAGCCAUUGCGGCCGGUGCUGGUUACGGAGUUUCGCGCCUUGCUCAACACCAUAACGAGCCUUCAAUUGGCCAGCGUGACUCUUCGCUGCAAGGCAAUUCAGGUCAACGCGAGGGAGGUACUGGGCUUCACAACUCUCGCGCAGCUAACGCUCUUGACCCCCGCUUGGAUUCGGACCGCGAUGGUAGCAGGACAGCCGGUAACACAACCAGCACAAGUGGCAGCGGAUUAGGGACUUACAAUAAGCUCUCCGAUGGUACCGCUUCUGGUGUCGCUGUCCCAACUUCUGGCCAGACAACAUCAGCAUACAACAACCAGGCUGGCACAACUUCUAACUCCACAGGAAACCCUGCUGGCGACAGCUAUAACCAUCUCUCCUCAGGAACACCAUCCGGCGUUCAGCUCGACAAGCAACCGCACAGCGCGCGCGCUGCCAUCCAGAGCCCCACCUCGGACACGAGUGAAAUUCAAUCCUCCCACCACGGCUCUGGUACCGCAGCCGGACUAGGCGCGGGAGUCGCUGGUCUCCACUCUGGCAAGUAUGCACACGACGCCACCUCCUCUCCCAAACGGGACAACUAUGGCCGGGACGCCAACACUGCUGGUGCUCCGCUAGCCACUGAUCGAAGUGGUACCCAACAAGUCACUGGAUUGCGCGAAGCUGGUACGUCUGCCGGACUGGGUAGUGGUGCUGCCGCCACUCUCGGAUCCAAGUUCGGACCGGGUUACAACGUCACGCACAAGUGUACUAAGUGCGGCGAAGAUAAUGAUAUCAGUGCAUAUUUCAAGGAUUUGAAGCAGUAA